GCUAUUGUUGAGGAAGGAUGGUAUGAAUGGUGGGAAAGUAAAGGCUUUUUCUCAUCAAAUCAAGAAGUUGAUGAUCCAUCUAAAAGAUUUGUUAUGUUGGCACCACCCCCAAAUGUAACGGGAAAUUUACAUAUUGGACAUGCAUUGACUCUUAGUAUACAAGAUGCCAUUGCUAGAUGGUAUAGAAUGUCUGGAUAUCAAGUAUCAUGGAUUCCUGGAACAGAUCAUGCAGGAAUAGCAACGCAAUCUGUUGUUGAACGGAAGCUUUAUAGUGAAAAUAAAAUUACACGUCAUCAACUUGGUAAAGAUGAAUUUAUUAAGGAAAUAUGGAAAUGGCGUGAACUUCAUGGCAAUCAGAUAAUCCAACAAAUGAAACGAUUAGGAUCUUCAUUGGAUUGGAAUAAUUUAUAUUUUACAAUGGAUGAAACUAGAUCACAAGCUGUAAAAAAAGCUUUUAUCAAACUUUAUAACGAUGGAUUAAUUUAUAGAGAUAAUCGUCUAGUCAAUUGGUGUUGUGCUUUAGAAACUGUUAUAUCAGAUAUUGAAGAAUUGAUUGUGACAACUACCAGAGUAGAAACAAUAUUGGGUGAUAUUGCAAUUGCAAUACAUCCUGACGAUCCAAGAUAUAAAAUACUACAUGGAAAAGAAGUCAUUCAUCCAUUGUUAAAUAAAAGACUACCUAUUAUAUAUGACUCUGAAUUGGUAAAUAUGGAAUUUGGAACUGGGGUUGUAAAGGUAACACCUGCUCAUGAUCGCAAUGAUUUUUUAUGUGCAAAAAGAAAUAAGCUACCUAUUAUUAAUAUUUUCAAUAAGAAUGGAACAUUAAAUGAUAAUUGCGGAAUUACUAAUUUUGUUGGUAAAGAUCGUUUUAAAGUUCGUGAAAUUAUUAUAAAAAUGCUGGAGGAUCAAGGAUAUUAUCGUGGAAAAGAAUUAAAUCAUGAAAUGAGAAUUGCUAGAUGUUCAAGAUCUGGUGACAUAAUUGAGCCAAUGUUACAACCACAAUGGUAUAUUAAAUGUAGAGAUUUAGCAACUAGAGCAUUAAAAGAUGUAAAAGAAGGAAAUAUCAUGAUUAAACCUGGUCAUCAUAUUGACGAAUGGAAUCGUUGGAUGGAAAACAUUCAAGAUUGGUGUAUUUCAAGACAAUUAUGGUGGGGACAUCCUAUACCUGUAUAUCAUUUAACAUUUUAUAAUCAAAUUACUGGACACCAUGAGUUACAACUUGCUGCGACAUCCAAGGCUGAAGCUGAAAAACAUUUUGAGAAAUAUUUAAAAGAAAACAAUAUCGAGGCUUUAACUUAUACAUUAGUGCAAGAUGAAGAUGUUUUAGAUACUUGGUUUUCUUCUGCUUUAUUACCAUUAACAGCUUUACAUUGGGCAGGAGAUGAUAAAAUACCCUACAAUUAUCCUAACUCCAUGAUAGAAUCAGGUUUUGAUAUAUUGUUUUUUUGGAUAUCUCGUAUGACUAUGUUAUGUACAUAUUUUUCUGGUGAACCACCUUUCAAACAAAUCUUAUUACAUUCGAUGGUUCGUGAUUCAGAGGGCCGUAAAAUGUCCAAAUCACUUGGAAAUGUUAUAGAUCCUUUGAGUGUAAUCGAAGGAAUAACUUUAAAACAAAUGCAAGAAUCUUUACAUGGGAGUAAUCUUCCAAAAGAUGAAUUGGAAAAAAGUAUUAAACUUUUAUCAAAAGAAUUUCCACAAGGUAUUAAAACUUGUGGAACUGAUUCUUUGAGAUUUAGUUUAAUAUCAUAUACUCGACAGAGUCGACAAAUAAACCUUGACAUAUCAAAUGUUAUUGCAAUAAAAAGUUUCUGUGUCAAAUUAUGGAAUUUAUUUAAAUUUUCUAAUGAUAGAUUUGAAAAACUGAAUCAUUCCACCGAGAUUCAAAAAAAAUCACCAAGAUUAGGAGUUAUUUCGUUGAAAGAAGAAUAUCAACAAAAUUUAAAACUUGUUGAUAAAUAUAUUUUAUCAAAAUUAUCAAAAACUAUAGAUAUUUGUAAUAAUGAGUUUAAUAAUCUGAAACUGUGUGAAGUAACCGAUUCAAUUAGAAAUUUCAUUGUGGAUGACUUAUGUGGAGUUUAUCUUGAAUUUAUUAAACCUACUUUAUAUGGCAAUAGAGAAAAGGAUCAACAAGUAUCAUUAAAAGUUUUGGAAAUUUGUUUGGACUCGUCUCUAAGGCUUUUACAUCCAUUAAUGCCAUUUAUUACUGAGGAAUUAUGGCAAAAUCUUGUUAUUAGAAAUAAAAAUAAGGGUUUAGCACCAGAGUCAAUAAUGUUGGUUGAUUAUCCUAAUCUCCAAGACUUUGAUAUUUGUAAAGAUGAACAAGUAGAAAAAGAAAUGAAAAUAAUAUUGGAUGUGAUACAUGCUUCAAGGUCUUUAAGACAAAGUUCUAAUCUACCACUUGGGCAACCAUUACCUUUUAUAAUUUGGACUGAUGAUAAAUUUUUGUCAAGUGAUCAAGGACCCAUUAAAAAACAUUUAAAGGAAAUUAAAAAUUUUAUCAAGGCUUCUGAAAUUCGAUUGAUUGAUAACCAAAAUGAAGAUCAGGAUUCGACAAGAAUUAAUCAAAUGAUAACCCCAAAUCUUAAAGUUCAAAUUUCCAAAUCAUUCAUCAAGAAAAAUGCAGAAGAAAAAUUUGGUUAA